GCUGGAGGAAAAGGGGGAUUUCUGAGCAGGGCAAGGCAAGCAUCUCUCUGACGCAGCUGACAAGGUGUCUGCUUGGCUUCGCCCGUUUCACCUCUCGCAAGGUGAACGAUCCAAGGGACCGGAUCCUUGUACCUGCGGAGUUAAUGUUGCCCAGCGAGGCGGAGGCUUUUUUGGGCUCGCCCGGGAUGGAAUUCUGGAUCAGCCCCGCCGCUAGCGACGAAGACAACGGAAACAGCGAUCUGGACGGUAGCGAGGAUCUCCUACCCCCGGAAUUGGAGGAGGUAAUAUGUUCUGAGCGUGUUGAGAAGAUCACCAAGACAUAUCAUGAUAUAGAUGCGGUCACCACCUUGCUGGAAGAGAAGGAACAUGAUUUGGAGUUAGCAGCCCGCAUUGGGCAAACAUUGCUCAAACAAAAUCGGAGUUUGUCUGGACGCAAUGAGUUCUUGGACGAGCAGCUAGAAUUGGCAAAAGAAGAGAUAGCUCAGCUGAGACAUGAAAUAUCGAUGCGGGAUGAUCUUCUCCGCAUGUUUACCAACAGCACUGAAGAGAGUGAGCCAACUUCCAUCACAUCUACCCCGUUACGAAGGAAUGAUUCUUCCUUCUCUUUGCAGCAGGGAUUGCAAUAUGAUCUUCUUCAUCAGAAACUUAAAGGAUUGGAAGAGGAGAAUCAGAAACUGCGUGCUGAAGCUACAAACAUUGCUACAGAAACAUAUGAAUAUGAGGAGCAGGAGCAGAAGCUCAUGCUUGAUUGUAUGGAACAAUUUUCUGAUAGUAGCAAGAAAGUUAUCCUGAUUUCCGAGGAGCUGGCUCUCAAGACAGAAGAUUCAAUCAGGCAACAGGAGGAGAUUAGCCAGCUUCUAGCACAGAUUGUAGAGCAGCAACAGAAGUGCCGUGCGUAUUCUUCUGAAGUGGAGCAAUUGCAGCAGCAACUCGCUGAAGCCAAGGAAAUCCAAUCACAGCUUCGCAGAGAGCUCCAGGACACACAGGAGAAAUACACAGAAUAUGAAGCAAUGUUGCAUGAAGCUAAGGAAGAGAAUAAAAAUCUUCGCAACCGCAGUUUGCCCAACAGCACCAUCCAUCACAGUUCCCCCACCUUCUUACCCUUGGAUUCCCUGGCUGCAGAGAUCAAGAGCACAAUGAGAAAAGGGAUGGACAGCUCUGGGUCAUCUGAGUGCAAAAGCUUAUGGCGUGUGUUUGAGACAGUGAAGGCUGUGAAACGAGCAACAAAAUCUAAAUCGGGAAGGGCAACCCCUUUGAGUCUUCCUCCACGUUCCCCCAGAGCAGCUUCAGUGGCCUGCAGUCACUUUAGCACUCCACGUAACAACCGUUAUGGUUCGGAUAGCCCCAUUAUGCCAGAAGAAAAAUAUCACUUGGCUCCUGAAGUUUUCAAUGCUACCCACCGCGGCGUGGCUGCUACAUCAGGUACACCUGGCCACCAUGUCUUGGAAGCUGCUAUCCAGAGUUUGUCUGCUCGCCAGAAGAACUACAGCGCUGAGCUUUCAUUUUUUGAGAUGGAACGUGAAUGCAAACUGAAGCGCUUGGCUCAGGAGGCGGAGGAUUUCAGUGGGUGUCUGACCCCCAAUGGAAGCAUCGCAUCCAUAGACACCAACUAUUCAGGCAGCUCUGGAACCUCCUUCAGCUCCUACUGUUGCUUCCCUGAUAAGCUUCAAAUUGUUAAGCCUAUGGAAGGUUCUAUGACUCUGCACCACUGGCAGCAGCUGGCCCGGCCUCAUCUGGCAGGAAUCUUGGACCCUCGACCAGGUGUCCUUACCAAAGAUUUCCGCCAACUUGACACUGAUCUUGAAGAGGUCCACAAUCUAAAUGACUUAGAAGAAGAUGACAUUGAUGCCAGCGCCUUGUCUUCCCUUGCUACCUCAAUACCAAUUAAAGCCAAAGAAAGGGCAACUGUUUUUCACUCCGUUAACAAUCUGCCCCAGACCCCGCCUACUUUCACCAUCACCACCUGUUGCAUCAUGCACCCUAGCAAAGAGGUUACCAUGGUGACACCCAGGUAAGCAUCCUACUGCCCU